CGCCCCUUCCUCCGCGCCGCGCCCGCAGCCGCGAUCGGGGAUCCGGGAGCGGCUCCGCCAUGCCGAAACACGAGUUCUUCGUGGACAUGACCUGUGAGGGCUGUUCCAAUGCAGUCACCCGUGUCCUGCACAGGCUGGGAGGUGUCAACUUUGAUAUUGACCUGCCCAACAAGAAGGUGUACAUUGACUCAGAGCACAACGUUGACACCCUCUUGGAAACCCUCAAGAAGACUGGAAAGAAUGCUUCCUACCUUGGGGAGAAGUCUGCACAGUAGCCUUGCCUGGUGUGAGGAGCUAGGAACUCAAUCAUGACUUCAGCAAAAAGAUGCCUUAACUGUCUGCAUGUGUCCCAGCUUGCUGUGUCAUUUGACCUUUGCCAGAUGUCAGAAAGCAGAGAGGGCUGGCAGGAGGAGACAGCUGGGCCUUGUGCUCCAGAAGUGGCGAGAUCUGGGGGAGGAGGUUGUGUGGUGUUUCUAGUCCCACAGUAAAUCAAGGCACUGCUUUUAACUUUCA